AGCUAGAGAGGUUUGCAUAAAGGUAGGGUUGGGAUUAGAGGAUACACAAUGUAAUUUGCUUAGUACUAAAAAAAAAAGAAAUGAAAAACAAACAUUUGUGUGGAGGACGUGGCUAGAUUUAGCAAUAGCCGUCUGACAAAACAGAAUAAAAUUGAAGGACAGUCAAGGUUGAAGGACACUUGAAGUGUCAGAGACAGAGAAUCAACAGGACUAAGGAACUUGUCUGUCGGACCUGCUCGUCUGAACGACAGGACAGCAGGAUAGCUUGAAAUGAAAGAACAUUUAAAUUGCAAGCAGGAGGAUAAUAACAAAGACGGUGGGAAAAGACAGACAGAAGCAGGAGUAAUAGAGGUAGAGAGAACAAACAGGACAGGACAGGGGUGAGAAGGGACUCAGCAUUGAAAGAGAGAGAGAGAGAGAAAGAGGAGGAGAGCGAGAGAGAGAGAGAAUAAAAGCAUGAGAGAAUGAGGAGGGGGAGGCAGGAUAAAUCUGUACAGCAUCAUGAUUAGGUAUCAGAAGCUUGUUCUGUGGUCUGGAGAGCAGAAGGCAGAUCACAUCAAACAGAUGAGACGCUCAGCACAUCUGCUCAACAAACUGGACAAACAUCAUUUCUGAAUUUGCUUCUACGCAUGUAUUUACUCCGGAUUGGUUUCACGCUCCUCUCAGCCAAAAAUGACAAUGGCUCUAAACUUUUCGGAUUCCGUGUCUACGCCCACCUGUGGAUACAAAAGAUUCAGAAGAUAAGCAAUCUGGGUUUCGAAUAAUCGAGAAGCAUCUUCAUGGACUUCCUCCUCAAAAUCAGCAGACCAACAAGUCCAGAGACGAAAAAGGUCACACAGCUCCAAUCUUUCAUUCGAAUCUAUUUUAAUCAGCUUCCCAGCAUCCUUCUCAUUUCAUCAUGAUUAUUCCCCAAGGUUGAGGAACUAGGUUGGUCGUGAUGGAGCAGGCGGAGGCUACGGAUGAGCAGUUUGAUUGAAAAUGAAGGGCUGCUCCAUGUCAAAAAUCUUGUAAAAACGUACUUCUUUCCAGCUUCCGGUUCACACACAAACUUCAGGCACAGGUAAACAAGAUCCACGUGAGCUUUUUUACUUUGAGAUUUACAAAGUAAGACACCAUCUCGCACAAUCGGGAGUCACCGCCACGCGUCUCCCCACCUGCCUUCACACCUUUCCUCAGUCAGAGAUCACAACUGCAACUCUCCAGCUGUCUCUCAUCAGCGUCACGAGCCGGCGAAGCAGCUGUUUCUCCUCUUUUUUUGGACACUUGUCUCUCUUUUUCUCGCUAAUUCUUCCACCGACACCAUCUCCAGUUUGACCCUCUUUGCCUGGAAGAGCGAGAGAGAGAGAGAAGGGGAGAGAAAUGCCAUCACCACAGCAGGGUCUUCAGCUGCCACACAAGUAAGAGCGAGACGGUGCGAAAGAUCGAAAAGGCCAAAAAGGAGGUGAGAGGAAGCAAAGGCGAGAAGACAAGCGGGAGGCGGAGACGCACGGCUGAAGAAUGUACAGCUUGGGCUCGGGCUCGGAUGCAUCCAGCCGGCACAGGCUCUAGGAGGCUGAAAUGGCCACUCCUCGAGGGUGUUUGGGUCCCUCUCUUCAGCUCCUCUUCUUCUUUCAUCUGUUACUCAAUGUAGUGCCUCGCUGCCGGGGACGUCCAUUCUUUGGCCCACCUUCGGUCAACGUGGCUGUGGUUUUCAGCGGCUCGGCUCAUCACAGUGAGAUCAAGGGCCGUCUGAGUCCAGAAAACUUCCUUGACAUGCCGCUAGAAGUGAACCCCAUCACCGUGCUGGUGAACGACACAAACCCCCGAGCUUUACUCACACGUCUCUGUCAGACUAUGGCGGCGGAGAGCCUUCACGGCGUGGUGUUUGAAGACGACGUGGACUCUGAGGCCGUGGCUCAAAUCUUAGACUUUGUUUCCUCUCAGACGUCCAUCCCCAUCGUAGGCAUCAGUGGAGGUUCAGCGGUGGUCAUCCCACAUAAAGCGGACGGUUCCACCUUUCUUCAAAUGGGAGCUUCUAUAGAUCAGCAGAUAAAUGCAAUGUUCAAAGUGAUGGAGGAGUACAACUGGGGCAACUUUGUGGUGAUCACAAGCCUGUAUCCCGGCUAUGAGACCUUUGUGGACUACAUUCGCUCAUUCACGGACACAAGCUACUUCCUGUGGGAGCUGCAAGAUGUGCUGAGUUUCGAGAUGUCGGUGGGCGCAAAUGACAUCCGCACACGUCGACUUCUACAACAAGUGGACUCUCAGGUGUAUCUAGUGUACUGUUCCCACGAAGAAGCACAGUAUUUGUUUAGGAUGGCCUCUGAUGUGGGGCUUUUGGGGCCUGGAUACAUCUGGAUCGUCCCUAGUCUGGCUGUGGGCAACCCUGAAGCGGCCCCUCCAGCCAGCUUCCCAGUGGGCGUCAUCAGUAUUAUCACAGACCGCUGGAGGAAAACACUGCGCCAGAGGGUUCGCGAAGGAGUGGCAAUCAUAGUGAAAGGGGUGCACAGUUUUCACAAGCACAGAGGAUUCAUUCCCGAGGGUCACAGUGACUGCAGUAGUCCUGUCAAAUCAUAUGCCAACAAUUCUCUCUUCAGGCAUAUGCUGAAUGUGUCAUGGGAGCAUAAGGAUCUGUCCUUCAACUCCGAUGGCUAUCUCACUAAUCCUUCCAUGGUGAUCAUUGCUCUGGAUCGAGAGAACCACUGGGACAAGGUGGGAAGCUACGAGGGAGGAAUUUUGCAGAUGCGUUAUCCUGUAUGGCCUCGUUAUGGCAGCUUCUUGGAGCCCGUGUCAGACAACCGGCAUCUGACCGUGGCCACGCUGGAGGAACGGCCUUUCGUCAUCGUAGAGAGUGUUGAUCCUGCCACCGGCACUUGUGUGCGCAAUACUGUGCCCUGCCGUCGACAGUCCAACAGGACUGAAAGUAUAAUCGGUCACACUGAGCCUUACACCAAACUCUGCUGCAAAGGCUUCUGCAUAGACAUCCUAAAGAAGCUCUCACGCACCAUUAAGUUUUCAUACGACCUUUAUCUGGUCACCAAUGGGAAACAUGGCAAGAUGGUCCGUGGCGUCUGGAAUGGGAUGAUUGGAGAGGUCUUCUACAAACGUGCAGAUAUGGCUAUUGGCUCUCUAACCAUCAACGAGGAGCGCUCAGAGAUUGUUGACUUUUCAGUGCCAUUCGUGGAGACUGGGAUCAGUGUUAUGGUGGCCAGAAGCAAUGGAACAGUCUCACCUUCUGCCUUCCUGGAGCCUUACAGUCCAGCCGUGUGGGUUAUGAUGUUCGUAAUGUGCCUGACUGUUGUGGCAGUCACCGUGUUCGUCUUUGAGUACUUCAGCCCUGUUGGCUACAACCGGAGCCUUGUCAGUGCCAAAGCCCCUGGGGGUCCAACCUUUACCAUUGGGAAGUCUGUUUGGCUCCUGUGGGGAAUCGUCUUCAACAACUCUGUUCCUAUUGAAAACCCCAAAGGAACAACCAGCAAAAUUAUGGUCCUAGUCUGGGCGUUCUUUGCUGUAAUCUUCCUCGCCAGCUAUACAGCCAAUUUAGCGGCCUUCAUGAUCCAAGAGCAGUACAUUGACACAGUGUCUGGGCUUAGUGACAAGAAGUUUCAAAAACCCCAGGAACAUUAUCCUCCCUUUCGCUUCGGAACGGUCCCAAAUGGCAGCACAGAGAGGAACAUUCGAAGCAAUUACCCUGACAUGCACACCCACAUGAUCAAAUACAACCAGAAGGGAGUGGAAGAAGCUCUCAACAGCCUUAAGACAGGGAAGUUGGAUGCCUUCAUAUAUGAUGCAGCAGUUCUUAAUUAUAUGGCUGGCAAGGAUGAGGGCUGCAAGCUGGUCACCAUUGGUAGCGGGAAGGUGUUUGCUACCACAGGCUACGGCAUUGCUCUGCAGAAAGACUCCCGCUGGAAGCGCCCCAUAGACCUGGCUCUUCUCCAGUUCCUGGGAGACGGGGACACACAGAGACUGGAGACAGUAUGGCUGUCUGGAAUAUGCCAGAAUGAGAAAAACGAGGUCAUGAGCUCUAAACUAGACAUAGACAACAUGGCAGGUGUUUUCUACAUGUUGCUUGUGGCCAUGGGUCUCAGCCUGCUGGUCUUUGCUUGGGAACAUCUACUUUACUGGAAACUGAGGCACUCUGUUCACAAAUCUGAUCGUUUAGACUUUCUGCUGGCCAUUAGCAGGGGCAUAUACAGCUGCUUCAAUGGAGUCGAAGACAUUGGCAGAUCUACUGGCAUACAGAAUCCAGAUAUCACCGCCAAUUACGCCCAGGCCAACAUGCUGAAAAUGCUUCAGACAGCCAAGGACAUCGUCUCCUCUGCCAAAGUUGAGAACUCUUUGGAUAACGCCACCAAGACCAUUGAGAACUGGAGCAGACGGAGUGGCAGUCUCCCAGCCCGUAUCCCACUGGUGACAACCACAGAAAAAGUUCCCGGUCACUUCUCCUAUAUUGCUAAUGUCGCAGAGAACCACAUACCUCACAUGCAGCGUUCCAUAACUCCACCUUUCACACAACACACCACAACCACCAGCCCACCGCUAAUGGUAAACCACAGAGUGUUAACACGGCCAACUCCUCUACGCUACACGCUUCCCGCCAGGACCAGGGGUCUCUACGAUGGCAUGCUUCCUGUAUCCAGUCUAAGCACACCGCAUCUUGCCAUGCAUGACCCUCCAUCUGACCUGGCUCACACAGGUUCCUCCUUCGUCCCAUAUAGAGACAUUUACACCGAACACCACAAGUCCUGUCACAAUGACUUCUCAGAUGCAGUCAGGCGGAAAAAGAGGCCCCAAAAUCUCCUGGUGGAGUCUAUGGAUUUGAGGGGUCUUCAUGAUUAUAAAGACCAAUUAACAUGUCACUCCGAAGCAAACAGUUUUCCUGAAAAUCAUCUUUCCUCAUCCUUCAGUGAAAAUCCCUUUGUGGUAGCAGAUGCAGCUUGUAACUCUUGUGCCAAAACGUACUUUGACCCUGCAUUUGAUGAAAUACCUUUGAUAGGGAAAAGAAAGCUUCAUCGCAGACCAUCCUUCCUGAAAGCCACUUGGGGUCCAGACAGAGUAAAAUUCCCAGGUGACAGACCCACUGCUGCACCCCCUUCUAGAGUAACUAUACCUGAUCUGUUCCCUUGCGUGGAUGUACACGGACGGGUGAGGAACACCAUGUGUUAUGCUCAACCAAUGGAUCACACCUACCUUCAUGCCUUCCGGCGAAACUCCAGGAAAAGUCAGAAGCUGAGACAUAGCCAGUCCACCAGGCUGCCUUCCUACAAGGAGGCGAUUUUCCACAAUGUGGCAGCAGUCAGGAGGGCAUCCAGCUUGGUGCAUAGACCCUACUCCUACCCAGAGCUGCCAGUCUACCAGAGCCCACUGUCAUAUGGACCAGCUGAAUUAUGCAACAUCUUCCCGUGUAUGGGACAUCCCAGUGACAGUGUAUAUGGAGGGUAUAGGGCACCCGCACAGCUACAGGAUGGCCAUCUAGUGCCUGUUCCAGGCAGCAGGGUUGUUCAUAGCAGCCCUAUUGUGCCCAUGACAUGGGGCAGAAUUUCCAGUCUGGAAUCAGAGGUGUGAACUUGUCCUUCCAUGUGCCAAUUAUGAACUAUUUGGACCACAAGCUUCUACUGACUUAAAUGACUUUGCCUUUAAAGACCAAUUCACACUGCACCGACAGACAGCGACCAGCGGCAACAGACACGUUCAUCUGGUUACCUCCAUUGGCUUUGGUCAGUGCUUUUAUUUAGUUAUUGGAUGUGGUAAAGCUGCAUUUGUCAGCAAUGUCUAAAGUGAAGUGACUGUUAACAAUGGUUGGAAUCACUUGGAGGAGUGUGAAUUGGCCUUAACAAGAUAGUUCACCCCAAAAUGAAAUUUGCUGUUAAUUUAGUCACCCUCAGGCCACCCCAGAUGUGUCUUUUUUUCUUCAGAUGUUUUUUUUUUUUACUCUUAAUGUGCUGUUAGCAGUCAACUUGCUUUUUUUAAUCACCAAGGACCACAGUUUCAGCUAAAAACUUUUUUAACGUUCCAUUCAAGAAAAAAUUCAUCUGGGAUAGCCAGAGGUUGAGUAAAUAAACUGAACAUUUUCAUUUUGGGAUGAACUGUUCCUUUAACACGAGCAGAACACAAACCAUGGUUAUUGUUUCAUUUGUUUUCUUUUCUUAAUAUAUUUUUUUAAGUGCAAUAAUGUAAUAAUUGAGGGAUUUAUUUAGGGAAAUAUUCAAACGGUUAAAUUUGAAACGUAUGGACAUGUAGAACUGUAAACUAUUAGCUGUUCUCUUUAGUCCACCAAAUGCAAUAUAUUCCUAUAUGUGUAUUGGACAGGAUCAAAGGGUGUUUCUUAAGAGGUUGUAGUAGUGAAGUCAAACCGGGACACUAAACUAUACGAAGUGUUCAUUUUGAAGUACAUUUGCUAUUAUACAGUGUGUGAUUCUCUAUGAUAUUGAAAUUUUGUAAACACUUCA